CAGGAAGAAAGCGAGGCAGCUCAGCGGCCCAACUACUCCCCAUUUAAUUUUUCAACCACGCCAUUGAAGCCUUCCUUCUUCUCCAUCUUCCUCCACCGCACAUACAAAUUACAGCCACUCCGAUUCCAACUUCCUCUCACACAGAUUCGAGAAAUGAAGGUCUCCGUCGUCACCAGGAGCGGCAGAGAGCUCGUCAAUGGCGGCCUUGACCUCGGAGAUUCUGCCACGGUUUCCGAUCUGCAGGAAGAAAUUCACCGACGGACCAAGAAAUACUAUCCUUCUAGACAGAGACUCACCCUCCCUCUUCCCCGCGGCUCAACACAGAAGCCAACUGUUCUUCACUACAGAAAGAGUCUUAAAGAGUAUACUGAUGGGAACAAAAACGAGUUAACCGUAGUUUUCAAGGAUCUAGGCCCCCAAGUCAAAUACAGCACUCUCUUCUUCUGGGAGUAUGUGGGUCCCCUGUUUAUCUAUCCCCUGUUCUAUUACAUGCCAAUCUACAAGCAUUUUGGGUAUGAAGGCAAACGCGUCAUCCACCCAGUCCAGACCUAUGCCAUGUACUACUGGUGCUUCCAUUACGCCAAGCGGAUCUUAGAGACAUUUUUUGUGCACCGGUUCAGCCACGCCACUUCUCCAGUUUCAAAUGUUUUCAGGAACUGCGCAUAUUAUUGGUCGUUUGCCGCUUUCAUUGCAUACUUUGUGAAUCACCCGCUCUACACUCCUGUGAGUGAUGUCCAGAUGAAGAUUGGGUUCGGGUUCGGGCUGAUUUGUCAAGUUUGUAACUUCUACUGCCACAUAUUGUUGAGAAAUCUCAGAGGUGCUGAUGGUGGCGGAGGGUACCAGAUCCCUCGCGGAUUUUUGUUCAACAUUGUUACGUGUGCGAAUUACACCACUGAGAUUUACCAGUGGUUGGGAUUCAACAUUGCGACACAGACAGUUGCUGGGUAUGUCUUCAUGGUUGUUGCUGCUGCUAUUAUGACUAACUGGGCUCUAGGGAAGCAUCGCCGCCUUAAGAAGCUGUUUGAUGGAAAAGAAGGAAGACCAAAAUACCCCCGGCGGUGGGUGAUCUUGCCCCCCUUCCUAUAGAAAAGAUGCAACUCCUUCAAUUUCACACCACUGAUGAGCAGCAGUCAACUCUACUAGAGAGAAUUAUUACCAAGUUUUAAAUUUGACUCCUUUUUUUUCAGCUUUCCAAAUUUAAUGCACAACCUUUUUAAUACUCAGUUAUGGUUUAUUCAUGCUUGCAUUCCUAUUCUCGUUUAUCAAUGAAAAUAUGAAACCAAA